GCCGAAUGCAAAAAGCACAAGGUCAAGUGCUUUGUUCAACCGGGUACCAAGUCCUGCACCCGGUGCCUCAAAGCCGGCAUAGAGUGUGUCCCACACAAUCUUGCGCAGAAGUUCAUUGACGAAGAUGCUAUAUGGAAGGCUCAUGCUACCGCCAACAUCGACCAGCUGCGCGCUGCGGUCGAACAUCUGCUGCAGCACAGCAAGCUACCGCAUCUCGCCAACUAUCACAGCAGCACCGGCACCGCACAGACUCUCUCUCCGUCUGCCUCCUGUGGUGAUGACCACCUCGCCUCCGACUAUAACAACAGAAACCGCAAUGACACCACGAAUGGGACCGUCACGGCCAGCAGGGUGUCAAGUGAUGGCCCCUCGGGCAACUUUGUCCCCGAAGGCCCGUCGACAGACCUGCAGCAGGAUGACGACUCGGAUCUUGUGCCACUGCCCAUGAAUAACCUCUACAGCCUUACCGACCCGGGCAGCUCCCGGCUGAUGCACGUGGACCCGGCUUCGGUCAACGGACCCGACUUUAUCAGCCGUGGCAUAGUCACACUGGCCGAGGCGGAACUGCUGUUUGAGCAUUUCCGAUGCAGAAUCAACCCGCUUCUGUGGGACGGCAUGCUCUGCUCCCACCGCAGCCUGCAGCAGGCACGCAAGUCGUCGUCGCUGCUCGUGGCAACGACCCUAACUGUCGCCGCACUGCACAUGCCGGACCGCGAGAAGUCUCUGCGAGCCACCUACGAUGCCUUUGUCUCGCUCAUGCGUGCCUCGUGCCUGCUACGAUCCAGGAACCUCGACGACAUUCGUGGCUUGUGCAUCGGGGCCUUUUACCUGACCAGCCUGAGCUGGGCGGUUUGCAGCCGUGCUGUGCGUAUCGGCACCGAGAUGAAUCUGCACAAGUCGUCUCUGCAGUUCGCCCGGGGCUCCGUGGAAUCGUAUGAGCGGGUUCAGCUCUGGUACGUGCUCUACGUCUGCGAUCAUCAGUUUGCGCUGGCAUAUGGACGACCGCCGAUGAUGCAUGAUGACGCGUCGAUCCGCAACGCAGACAAGCUGCUGUCCAGCGGGCUCUCGUCAAAGGGAGACAAGGGCUUGGUCGCACAGGUCAAGCUCUUCCAGAUCCUCGCGGGCUCGUACUUUAUGUAUGGCUGUGAUCCUGAUCUGGAGCUGACGUCGGACGACUUUGAGAGGCUGCAGUUGUUCAACAUCUCGCUCGACCAGUGGCGCCUGCAGCACCAGCAAAAGGCAACCCCAAUCUCCGGCGGAUUCGCCAAUCUUGAUCCUGCGAGUCCUUCGAUACUGCUGCCGUCAAAGACAACCACGCUGUACUACCAUCUGGCUCGCUUCCAGCUCAACUCGGUCGCAUUGCGAGGCAUUUCAGCACGCUCAGAGAUGAGCUGGGACCGGCAGGAGGCAGCCAACAAUGCCAUUGCGGCCGCCACGAGCACGGUGCGGCUGGUAGCUGACGACGUGGACAUCCAGAAGGCCUACAUCGGCAUGCCCAUCUUCAUCCACGCCAUGAUUGCCGUCUGCGCCAGCUUCCUGAUCAAGCUAGCCGUC